GUUGCUGCUUGGCUUGGUGGUGGUGAGCUGGCAAACGAUGACAUGACUCUCCCCCGUCUGCAUUGAGAGGCCUCUCUGCAGAAUAUCUACACCUGACCCCGUUUUCUGGACCACAAGCUGCCAGGAGCUCAGCCUCACACGCCUACGAUAUCCACGUUGACGACAGUAUACGCCACAUUACGCCCAGCAGAAUUCAUUAAACUUCCAUCGGUCUUGCCGUAAAGCUCCAUCAAACACCAGACCUACAAAAGGAACAAACGCACAGCGAUUCUCCCCUCGUCGGUUCACUUUUUCUCCUUCAUACUACCAUCUCAAGAUACCCCUCAUUUCCAAAAAGCUACCAGCUAAAGCAAUUGCAUCGCCUUCUUGCAUUGCUACUUCGACGUUCUUCAUCUCAUCAACUCGAAUCUAAUCAGUCAUCGUCAGAAAGACACUUCCAAUAAUGUCUGGCACCAACCCGGAGAAGCCUCCCAUCCAACCGGAGCAGCAGCUCUACCCUCCCCCUCCCACCGGCGACAACAACCAACAGCAGCCUCCCCAGUACACCUCCGGCCAUGAGCAGCAGCAGCACAACCCGGACCAGAAGAGCGCCGCCGGCCCCGGCCACGAGCAGCAACACUUCCCUCCUCCGCCCCCGGGCCCUCCUCCCGCCAACCAGCCGCAGUUCACACAUGCUCCCCAGCAGCAGCAGCAAUACGCCGCCGGCAGCUCCGUGCCCCAGCAGCAGUCGUACGCACAGACGCCGAGCCAGCAAGCUCCUUACAACCCCGCAGACCACGGCGCCGGCCACCACUACUCACAACAGCAGUUCGAGGGACCUCCGGGCACGGCAGCCCCGAGCCACGCCCAGGGCGGUCCUUACACCGACCCGGCUGCCGCACACGCUGCGUACAUCGCACCCGCUACCGAUCCCAACCACAAGGAGAAGCGCGGAUGGGGUGAACGCCUCUCCCAGAUGGGCAUGAAGGCCGCCGUGCCCAUCAACGCCCUCGCCAAUAAGAUGGGCUCGCAGAGCUUCCUGCCCACCACCAUGGAUAGAGAGUGCGACAAGGCGGCCAAGAUUCUCAAGAGCUUCUGCAAGGAGGGAAUCACAUCCGACGUACCCCCACAGACGGGCGAGCACCUCGAGCCCGGGAAGCACGCCGAAGCGACCGGCUCGCGCCCCACGACGCCCAACAAGGAAAAGGCGCGCAAGGAAUCCAAAGCCAUCGUCAAGAUUCCCUCAAAGGUCAUCAACAAGGCCGUCGGUCUCGCCAUCUUCACCACCGCCCGCGUAGGCUUCCAGUUCUCCGGCGCAACCGGCUCCGGCAUCCUCAUCGCCCGCCUCCCCGACGGCUCCUGGUCCCCGCCCUCCGGCAUCCAGGUCCACGCCCUCGGCGCCGGCUUCAUGAUCGGCGUUGACAUUUACGACUGCGUCUGCGUUAUCAACAGUCCCGCCGCCCUCGCCGCCUUCAUGUCCACCCGCGUCAGUCUCGGCCCGGACGUCGCCGUCGUGGCGGGCCCCUACGGCGCCGGAGGCGUCAUGGACGUCGGCGCCUCCUUUGGCGGCAAGAACCCCGACCCCAAGGACAAGAACGCAAACGACCACGUCACGGACGCGAAACCCGCCGAGGACGGCAAGCUCAAGGCCGACGAGAAGGACAAGAAGCGCAGGAGCAGCAGCACCUCGCUCAAGCCCGUCUUCUCCUACGUCAAGUCUCGCGGUUUCUACGCCGGCAUCCAGGUCGACGGCACCGUCGUCACGGAGCGCAAGGACGCCAACGCAGCGUUCUACGGACAAAAGGUCACCGUGGACCAGAUCGUAAAGGGCCAGGUGCCGCCCCAGGGUCCCAACGGCAUGUGGCCGGCCGGCGCCCGCCCGCUUUACGAGGCCCUCCGCACCGCGGAGCAGCAGCAGGCUCUCCCUGAGGUCCACCUGCCCCAGGCGACGCCCGGCCAGCAGGCCCCGCCCGGGUCGAUCCCCCCUCACCAGCAGCAGCCGGCCUAUGGUCAGCAGCAGCAGCAGUACGGCCAUCAAGAUGCCGGCGGCCCGCUAGGUUCGCAUCCUCCCGGCCAGGGUGGCCCCGUCGCCUUGGGCGGUCUGAGCCGCGAGGAGCAGCUCCCGGGCUACGUGGAUGACGGUGUGGCGCGGCCAGGUGUCGGUGAUCACAAGGGUCACUACCAGUAAAGAGGUGGCAAGGGCAAAUUUCGUGAGUGUGGAGGAAAGAAGAGUGUUCGCAAAGGGCCAGAGAGAUAUCCCCAUGGGCGUUUUAAGUGGUUGGCAUGCUUCAAGCUUAGCAUAGAGAAUUCGAAUCAAGAUAUCCAUCAACAUCAAUUUCUC